GGUCGCUCCGCCCCGGCGGGACGGGCCCGAUCCGAGCGCCCCGCGCAGCCCCGGCGGCUCCGGGCGCUGCCGCCGCCGGGGUCGUGCCGAGGCUGCCCCGCUCCGCGAAACACGACAGACACCUGCCCAGGACGAUGCACAACGAGCAGGAAAGGUUGUUUUGAGAAGGAGUAUGAAUGGAAGGCAAAAAGGCACGUGAGAAGGAUGGCAAGCUGUGCUUCAUGACGGCCUCACGUACGAUGUUCUAUGGGCCCUCCUCCACCAUGGCUCCACCAUCCAAGAACCGGCUGAAGCGCCAGAGCCGGCUCUUCUCCCAAGUCCUGUACCGGACACUGAGCUACAAGGACCGGAGCUCGGCCUCCGCCUCCCCGGCCGCCGGCGAGGAUGACCCUGCCGAGCUCUCCACCCAGCUCUCGGCCCCUGGCAUCCUGAAAAUCUUCGGGGGCAACAUCUGUGCGGGCACCAACUACAAGAGUGUGCUGGUGACGGGCAGCUCGGGCGCGCGGGAGCUGGUGAAGGAGGCCCUGGAGCGCUACGGGCUGAGCCAGCUCAGCGCCGCGCAGUACGCCCUGUGCGAUGUCAUCGGCAGGUUCGAGGGCCCCGAGAAGCAGUGGCAGACGGAGGGGCUGAGAGUCCUGGGGGACCACGAGAAGCCGCUGCUCAUCCAGGACCUCUGGAAGCCCAGGGAGGGCUUCUCGCGGCGGCUGGAGCUGCGCAGGAGGGCGGAGGUGGAGGAGCUGGCGGCCAAGGACGUGGACACCACCACUGCAGGCAUCAACGCCCAAGCGCGGAAGCUGCAGCGGCACCGGGCUCGGGGGGCCCGGCGGGCGGCGGCGGGGGCUGAGCGGCGCGGGCCGCCCCCGGCCCUGCGGCGCAGCCUCAGCGAGACCAGCCUGGGGACCCCGGUGAGGCGGGCCGGGGCCGGGGUCGGGGCCGGGGCCGGGGCCCGGCUCCAGCGGCACUGCUCCACCCUGCCCGGCAGCCCGGCGGCGGCGCGGAGCGGCGGCAGCAUGCGGUACUCCCUCUACCAGUCCCCGCACCUCCUGCUCCUGCAGGGCUACAGCCAGCAGCAUGACAGCCUGGUUUACCUGCUGAACCGCGAGCAGCACACAGUGGGCCAGAGGACGCAGGCGAGCAAGCCCAGCAUCAGCCUGUCAGCCCCAGACAUCCUGCCCCUGCACUGCACCAUCAGGAAGCUCCGACCUUCCCGGCACCGCUCGGAGGAGAAGCUGGUGCUGGAGCCCAUCGCCGGCGCCGGCAUCUCCGUUAACUUCGCCGAGGUGGCCCGGACGGUGGUGCUGCGGCACGGGGACCUCCUGUCCCUCGGCCUCUACUACCUGCUCCUCUACAAGGACCCCAUGAAGGCGCAGCCGCUGCCGGCGCAGACGCUGCUGAGGCUGCGAGCCCUGCACCCCGCCGCCCCCGAGGGCCGGCCCGUCUGCGGGGCGUGUGGCAGCCUGCUGAAGGAGAAGGACCCUGCUGCCAAAAAGCGGGCCCCCUCGCCCGCCGGGGGCCCCAGGACGCCCCGCAGGAAGAUGCAGCUGGAGUUUGAGCCGGCGGCCGAGGACGUGCUCCUGCGGCGCAUCAUGACCCUGAUCGAGCCCGGUGGGGACGACCACAAGCUGACACCCGCCUUCCUGCUCUGCCUCUGCAUCCAGCACUCGGCCACCAACUUUGAGCCAGGAGACUUCGGGCAGCUGGUGCUCAAAGCAGCCAAAAUGAUCCAGAGGACGGUGUGGGAGCGGACACGGGAGCUGGCUGAAAAGCAGUCCCAGCACCAGGACCCUGCCUCCCUGUCCCGGUUCACCAUCACGGACCUUCUCCCAGACCUGCAGCACAUCAUCUUCUGGAUGGCCAACGCCAUCGAGAUCCUGUACUUCGUCCAGCAGAAAUCACCCACCUACAUCCAGAGCAUGGAGGAGGAGCUGGACAUCAGAGGCUCCAAGGAGUCUCUGUUCUCCUCGACCAUCACAGCCAGCGAGGAGGCGAUGACAGUGCUGGAGGAGGUGAUCAUGUACACCUUCCAGCAGUGUGUCUACUACAUCUCCAAGUGUCUGUAUGUGUCGCUCCCUGCCCUGCUGGAGUGCAACCCCUUCCAGAGUGAGUGCCGGGAGAGCUGGAGGGCGGCCCCGCCGCUGCCCGAGGAGCUCCGCAGGGUCGUGCUCAUCUACCAGGCGGUGCUGGACCUGCUCCACCAGUAUGAAGUGCACCCAGAGAUCACCUCCCAGAUGUUUGCCUACCUCUUCUUCUUCUCCAACACCUUGCUCUUCAACCAGCUCCUGGAUAAGGGCUCCUCUCUCGGCUGCUUUCACUGGUCUCAGGGGGUGAAGCUGCGGGCGAGUGUGCGGCUGCUCCUGGACUGGCUGCGCGGCGCCGGCUUCGAGCAGCUCGCCCAGCAGUUCUUCGCCAAACUCGCCAGCGUGGCCAACCUGCUGGCCAUGCCUGGCUCCCAGCUGGUGCAGAUGACCUGGCCGUCCCUGCGAGCCGAGUUCCCGGCGCUGAGCCCCGCGCAGCUCCACCGGGUGCUGAGCCAGUGCCAGGCGGUGAUGGACAUGGGCUGCAUCGCAGCGUGGCAGCCCAGCGAGGAGGAGAGCCCAGCCACCUUCCAGCCCGAUGAGAUGCUGGAGUCCUUUGACAACCACCCACCCAUCAUCCUGCCCAGUGGGGGCUUCAAAGUGGACCUGGAGGUGGAGACGUUGGAUGACAACAUCUACCGGCACCUCCUUUACAUCCGCCACUUCCUCUGGAGCCUGCAGAGCAAGAGCCCCCACACCAGCGAGGGGCCGGGCUCAGCACCCCUAAAGAAAGAGGCAUGCACGACGCCAGAGGUCCUGGAGGUGAGCGAGAGCCCGGCUGCUGCCCUGGGGAGCACCACUGCCCAGGAGGACUAUUGCUCCCCGGGGUGCUGCGCUGAGCCGGAGCCGGAGGGGAACCCCCGGCCCUGCCUGGCCACCAACGGCGUCCCCUGUGAGCACCCCGGCGAGCCACAGAUCCAGGAGAAGCUGAAGCAGCUGCAGCUGGGCAGGGGUCCGGCCCCCAAGGCUGGCACGGCACCCACAGACUCCUCUUGCCUGCUGACACCGCCCACCACCCCCCUGAACUUCGACUCAGGGAGCCCAGAGUCCCCACAGGGCACGGGCAAGGGGCCGCAGGACCCCCGGAGGAACGGGAUGACCGGCACCAAGGGCAGCACCCCCGAAGGAUGUUCGCCGACCCCCUACGACUACCCCACGCCGGAGUCUUCCAGCCGCAGCUCUGCCACCGACGACUUCUGCUACGUCUUCGUGGUGGAGCUGGAGAGGGGACCCAGCGGGCUGGGCAUGGGGCUGAUCGACGGCGUGCACACCCCCCUGUGCUCCCCGGGGAUCUACAUCCGCACCCUGAUCGAGGACAGCCCCGCGGCCGCCGACGGCCGGCUCUCCCUCGGGGACCGCAUCCUGGCUGUCAACGGCACCAGCCUCAUCGGGGCAGACUAUCAGAGUGCUGUGGAGCUCAUCCGCUCCGGAGGGAAGAAGCUGCGGUUUCUGGUUGCCAAGUCGGACAUGGAAAUAGCCAAAAAAAUCAGUUCCAGCUCCUCUGUCUCCUAGUCCUUGUGGUAUCAGGAUCCUUCUGCAGCAGCCUGCGGGUGCAGCUCUGGUUAAGGCUCACCCUGGGGGAGUCUGGAGUGAGGGAGAGCAAAAGGGAGGACCAGGACUCCACAACUGCCCUUGAUUUGCUUUUGGAGACUUUGCCCCUGUGCUGCAGCAGAUGAAAGGACAUGCAAGGAUGGUGCAUGCUUCUCCCACUGCACUGGCUGGAAGCAUCAUUCCUGAUCCAUUGCCCAGCCUCACCUUAUACCUGGUGUUGUCCUUCUCAGGAGCUUUCCUGGUCCUUUGUCCCCUCUGGCAGGGGGCAGGAAGAGGAUGCUCCCCCCCUGGGGACUGUAGGCAGGCUCCUCUGUUCCUCUAGGCUGGAGCCCUGUGUGGUAUUUCAUGCUGGCAGGCAGAAGACUUGAAACACCUUUGGGUUUUGAAGAUGAAUGUGUGGGGCAGGCCUGGGCUCCACUGUGGCAGUGGCCACCUGAGGUGCUGGCACAUCAGGCUGGAAAAGUGUGCCUAGCUCUGGGGGUGGUGAAGGCAGCACAAGCACCCAGGAGCAGGAUUCCAGGCAGGAUGAAUUGCCAGGAGUUAAGUUCCCUGGUGCCAUACUCAGGUGCCUUUCUGCUGCUGGGCUACCAGCCCUGCUUUGGGAUGGGAAGCAGCUACAGCAAAGGGCUGAUACCACCAGCAGUUCCUGUGAGUCCCAGGGAGAGCCCCCUGAAGAAAAGGACUCCCUUGCCCUUGUUCUGCAGCAGAUUUACUGCCUGGCUCCAGCACCACAAUCUUGGCAGAAGGCCCCUAGGACUGAUCCAGCAGCAUGGGGCAUCCACAACAGAGUUUUUCCUCACAGAGGGUUUGUGCCACCAGAAACUCAAGAGAACCUGGCAGCACACACGGCCAGACCCCAGGUGUGGCUGACACCAGCCCAGGCAGACAAAUGACAGCUUGGCACUGCGCCUGGUCCUCUCCCUCCAGCUUUGCCAGGCCAUUGCAAGGCCACCCCGUUUCCUGCCCAGCUUGGAGCAUCUCACCAGUGCUGCUGAUCAC